UUUUUUUUGUACAUCAUCUUUCUCUUUCUCAUCCUCAUUCCUCAUCCUCUUCAUCCACAUCUUCAUUGCCCAACUCUCCUUUACCUGUUCCAAUUUUUCCCAAUGAGCCUAUCGAAGCAAACGAUUCUAGUUACAGGAGGAUGUGGUUACAUCGGUUCUCAUACAGUCCUACGUCUGCUUGAGAAUGGUUACAAGGUUGUUGUUGUCGAUAAUCUCUCCAACUCUUCCUAUGAGUCACUUCGCCGUGUGUACAAGCUUUACGGCAUCACUGCCUCUACUUCAUCCUCUCCUGCGUAUAAUGAUGCUAUUCUUCCACUUGAGACCCUGAUACCCUUCUUUCAGGUCGACAUCCUUGACCGUGCUGGACUCGUCAAGGUGUUUGAGGCUCAUCCCGAGAUUUCUGCUGUGAUUCAUUUUGCAGGCCGCAAAGCCGUAGGGGAAUCAGGCAGGAUUCCACUCGACUACUACAAUGUCAACAUUGCAGGGACGGUUAAUCUAUUACAAGUCAUGGAAGACUUUUCUGUACGCAAGAUUGUCUUUUCAUCUUCGGCUACAGUUUAUGGCAAUCCUCCUCAUAUCCCUAUUCCUGAGGAAUCCCCUAUUGUUGCGUCCAUGAGCCCUUAUGGCCGCACAAAGGUCUUUUUGGAACACAUUAUCAAAGAUCAAUGUGUAGCCUCAGCUGUGAAACAACAGGAGUAUCAAAAAGAAAUCAAUGGUCAUUCAAAUGGUCAUGAUACAUCGAAAAACUAUGAAUGGAGUGCUAUUUUAUUGCGAUACUUCAAUCCAGCGGGUGCACAUCCAAGUGGUAUCAUGGGUGAAGACCCUCAAGGCAUUCCUAAUAAUCUGAUGCCGUUCCUGGCGCAGGUCGCUGUUGGUAAUUUAGAGAAAUUGUCUGUGUUUGGCAAUGAUUAUCCCACAAAGGAUGGUACCUGUAUUCGUAGACUUGGCCCAGGGUCACGUUGCCGCUUUGAACAAGAUUGAACAGGAACAGGCUGCAGGGAUUUAUGGUUGCAAGGCUUAUAAUUUAGGUACAGGCACAGGGUACACAGUGUUGGACAUGAUCAAGGCCUUUAAUAAGGCUGUAGGGCGUGAGCUUCC